GGCUGUGUGAAUGCGACUUUCCCCUCCCCCUCCCCCUCCUACACCCGUCCUGCUGUACUCCCUCUCUGCACUCCAUCUCUGUUCUCUAUUUAUUUUUCUUUUGGGAUCUGUCCGAUGGAACGACCGGUUUGCCAUUACUGCAGACGUCCUGGGCAUUUCAUUCGCGACUGCCGCACACGCAUGAGAGAUAUGGAACAGCAAGCCAGACAGAGUAAUGGCAACCAAGCGUCAACUUCAGGAUCUGCUAGUGCUCCUUCCGCUCCUAGCGCGAUUGUACCCUAUCAACCGCCGUCCAAUGAUGUUCGUAACCAAACUUUUGGGAAUAGCAGUAAUGAGUAUAACGGAGGAUAUGGCAACGGAUAUGGUGGGUACAACAACAAUUAUCGACGGCCUUGGAAUACCGAUCGUUACGAUAAGAGUGACAAAGUUGAGAAAAUGUGGAACUGGAUGUCUGAAGAGAUGCAGGAGAGAGAGCGGAUCAAGAAAGAGAAGGAAAUCGCUAUCAAGAAGGAGGAGGAUGAUAGAAGGAAGAGAGAGGAGGAUGAAAAGCGACUAGCUGAAGCUAAGGAGAAAGAGGAGUUCAAGGCGAGUAUUGAGUUAAUGGUGCAAAGUCAGAUGAGAAGUGUUUGCGAAGAAGUUCUAGGGAGGAAAGUUGUUGACGGCGAACGACUUGUGGCUGCGGCGACGACAGAAGUCCGGCAACGAACCGAAGCUGUUGCGAAGACCAAUCAAGUUGACGAGGUACUCCGGGAGAAGGACGAAGAAAUUGUGAGACUGAAGGAAGCCAUGGCCGAGAUGCAACGAUAAUCAUGUCGACCACACCAAUCGGAGCAAGAAUUGGCAGCUCUACGUAUGGACAAUCAACACCUGAUUCAAGA